GCUUUCGCGGCGAUCUUUUGCCUUGCCUUGGACGCCGUGUUCGUACUCGUAGUCGCUGAUGAUAUUUUGAAGAUUUAUAUAUGAAUAGCGAGUAUUUAUAAGUUUGUUUUUUAUGAAGUGAUCGGGUUAUGGUUUAAAGAUAGAAAGCCGGUUAAGAGACAAUUUUAUAUGUGUUGUAUUUGACCUGAGUACGAAGAUUACAGUAGUCCUGGAAACUGGAGUGAUAUUUUGUGAGUGUCGACGUUUAUGUGUGUCAACUGUGCUGAGAAGCGUUACUUAUUAUUUCUGAUUGAAGAUAUUUGAGCGUGGCGCGGUGAGGUGCAGUAGGUCGCGAUGACGACCGACAUCUCGGUGUCCCGUUGGGACCCGUCCAUCGGCCACGGCCAGGAGAUCAUCGACGAGAUCGAGUACGAUGGCGGCAACUCCUCCUCAAGGCUUUUCGAACGAUCGCGCAUCAAAGCGCUUGCAGACGAACGAGAAAGUGUACAAAAGAAAACUUUCCAAAAAUGGGUGAAUUCACACCUGGUGCGUGUGGGGUGCCGCAUCAAUGAUCUUAACGUGGACAUGAGAGACGGCAAGAUGCUUAUCAAGCUGCUGGAAGUACUUUCCGGAGAGAGAUUGCCUCGACCAACAAAAGGCAAAAUGCGUAUACAUUGCCUCGAGAACGUUGACAAAGCCUUACAAUUCCUGCGCGAGCAACGCGUGCAUCUCGAGAACAUGGGCUCGCAUGAUAUCGUCGACGGUAACGCCAGACUCAACCUGGGUCUCAUCUGGACUAUCAUCCUCCGUUUCCAGAUUCAAGAUAUUACUAUUGAAGAAACAGAUAAUAAAGAGACAAAGUCCGCUAAGGACGCAUUGCUAUUGUGGUGUCAAAUGAAAACUGCCGGCUACAACAACGUGAAUGUACGCAACUUCACGACAUCCUGGCGCGACGGGUUGGCGUUCAACGCCAUCAUACAUAAACAUAGACCGGAUCUCAUACAGUUUGAGAAAUUACACAGAAGCAAUCAUAUUCAUAAUCUAAACAAUGCUUUCAAUGUGGCCGAGGAGAAACUCGGUCUUACCAAAUUGUUGGAUGCUGAAGAUAUCGCAGUUGAGCAUCCAGAUGAGAGAUCGAUCAUCACAUAUGUGGUCACAUACUAUCAUUACUUCAGCAAGAUGAAGCAAGAGACAGUUCAGGGUAAGAGGAUCGGCAAAGUGGUCGGUAUCGCUAUGGAGAACGAGAAAAUGAUGCAGGAGUACGAGUCACUCACCAGCGAUCUUCUCCAAUGGAUCGAGCGCACAAUCGAAGCUCUGGGUGACAGAACUUUCGCUAACUCGUUGGAGGGAGUGCGUCAACAGCUCAUACAGUUCGCUAACUACCGCACCGUUGAAAAACCUCCUAAAUUCGUUGAGAAAGGUAACCUGGAAGUCUUGCUAUUCACGCUGCAAUCUCGCAUGCGUGCUGCUAACCAGAAGCCCUACACGCCUCGUGAGGGUCGCAUGAUCCACGAUAUCAACCGUGCCUGGGAGCGCCUCGAGAAAGCCGAGCACGAGCGGGAGUUGGCUUUGAGGGAGGAGCUUAUUAGGCAGGAGAAACUGGAACAGCUUGCUGCCAGAUUCAACCGUAAAGCUCAGAUGCGUGAGACUUGGCUCUCCGAAAACCAGAGGCUCGUCAGUCAAGACAACUUCGGCUUCGAUCUCGCUGCCGUGGAGGCGGCCGCUAAGAAACAUGAGGCUAUUGAAACUGACAUCUUCGCUUACGAGGAGCGAGUGCAGGCUGUGGUGGCCGUAUGCUCCGAGUUACAGGCUGAGCGGUACCACGACAUGGAGCGCGUGUGCGCGCGGCGCGACAACGUGCUGCGCCUGUGGGCCUACCUGCUGGAGCUGCUGCGCGCGCGCCGCGCCCGCCUCGAGCUGUCGCUGCAGCUGCAGCAGAACUUCCAGGAAAUGCUCUACAUUUUGGACUCCAUGGAGGAAAUCAAAAUGCGUCUGCUGACGGACGACUACGGUAAACAUCUGAUGGGUGUCGAAGAUUUGCUUCAAAAGCAUGCUCUCGUCGAGGCCGAUAUCAACGUACUCGGGGAGCGCGUUAAGGUGGUAGUGGGACAGUCACAACGGUUCCUGGAGCAGGAAGAGGGCGGUUAUCGGCCCUGCGACCCCGCCAUCACCGUGGAGCGCAUCCAGCAGCUCGAGAACGCUUACGCCGAGCUCGUCCAUCUCGCCGUCGAGCGCAGAAAGCGCCUCGAAGAUAGCCGCAAACUAUGGCAGUUCUACUGGGAUAUGGCCGAUGAAGAGAACUGGAUCAAGGAGAAGGAACAGAUCGUGUCGGUUGACGACAUCGGCCAUGAUCUUACUACAGUGUACCUGUUGAUCUCGAAGCACAAGGCGCUGGAGGCGGACGUGCUCGCGCACGAGCCGCAGCUCAUGAGCGUCGCGGCCGUCGGAGACGAGCUCAUCUCGCAGGGACACUUCGGUGCCGACAGGAUACAGGAACGUCUCCGUGACAUUCUAUCCCAGUGGAACCAUCUUCUCGACGUGGUGUCUCUCCGAAAGAACAGACUCGAUGCGGCGGUGCGCUAUCACCAGCUAUUCGCGGACGCGGAUGACAUCGACAACUGGAUGUUGGACACACUAAGACUUGUAUCAUCAGAGGAUACCGGUGUGGACGAGGCGCAAGUGCAAAGCUUGCUGAAGAAGCACAAGGAUGUCACCGACGAACUCAAGCACUACGCUAAUGUCAUACAGCAGCUCAAACAACAGGCGAGCGAGCUGAGCCCCGAGGACGCCAACAGCGGCGAGGUGCGCGAGCGGCUGGCCGCCAUCGACGCGCGCCACGGGGAGCUGGCCGAGCUGGCGCGCCUGCGCAAGCAGCGCCUGCUCGACGCGCUGUCGCUGUGCAAGCUGCUGGCCGAGGCCGACGCCGCCGACCAGUGGAUCGCGGAGAAGGACCGCAUGCUCGACACCAUGCUGCCGCCCAAGGACAUCGACGACGUCGAGAUCAUGAAGCACCGCUACGACGGUUUCGAUAAGGAAAUGAACGCGAACGCGUCUCGCGUGGCCGUCGUGAACCAACUGGCGCGACAGCUCAUUCACGUGGAGCACCCGCAGGCGCCCGCCAUCCAGGAACGGCAGGCCGCGCUCAACCAGGCCUGGAGCUCGCUCCGGGAGAAGGCGGAAGGAAAGAAAGACGACCUUAAAUCAGCUCAAGGCGUCCAGACAUUCUAUAUCGAAUGCCGAGAGACCGUGUCGUGGAUCGAAGACAAGAAGCGAAUCCUUCAACAGACCGACAACCUGGAAAUGGAUCUCAAUGGUGUGAUGACAUUACAACGUCGCCUGUCCGGCAUGGAGCGCGACUUGGCCGCCAUCCAGGCGCGCAUCACGUCGCUGGAGAACGAGGCUAGCGCCAUCGAAGACGAACAUCCCGACGAAGCGCGGCUCAUCCGAGACCGCAUACACACCAUCACGGACAACUGGGACCAGCUCACGCAGAUGCUCAAAGAGCGCGACGCAAAGUUGGAAGAGGCUGGCGAUUUACAUCGGUUCUUACGCUCCGUCGACCACUUCCAGGCUUGGCUCACCAAAACCCAGACCGAUGUCGCUUCCGAAGAUAUACCCGGAAGCCUCCCAGAAGCAGAAAAGUUGUUAUCUCAGCACCAGACUAUCAAGGAAGAAAUCGAUAACUAUAAGGAUGAAUAUGCUAAGAUGAUGGAAUAUGGAGAAAAGAUUACUGCUGAGCCUUCGACCCAAGACGACCCGCAGUACAUGUUCCUGCGCGAGCGUUUGAAGGCGCUGCGAGAGGGCUGGGCUGAGCUGCAGCAGAUGUGGGAGAACAGACAACAGCUGCUGACACAGAGCCUCGAGCUUCAGCUGCUGCAGCGAGAUGCGCGCCAAGCGGAGGUGUUGCUGGCGCACCAGGAGCACAGAUUAGCCAAGGCUGAACCACCUGCGAAUCUAGAACAGGCCGAAAACACCAUCAAGGAACAUGAAGCUUUCCUUACUACUAUGGAAGCCAAUGAUGAUAAAAUCAACUCUGUUGUUCAAUUCGCUAACCGCCUCGUCGAAGAACGACACUUUGAUGCUGAUAAAAUCCAACGUAAGGCUGAGAGUAUACGGGCAAGACGAGACUCCAAUCGUGAUAAGGCACUACAGCAGAUGGAAAAACUGCAGGAUCAAUUACAGCUUCACCAAUUCCUUCAAGAUUGUGAUGAACUCGGAGAGUGGGUACAAGAAAAGAAUGUAACAGCUCAAGACGACACCUACCGCUCAGCCAAGACUAUUCACUCGAAAUGGACUCGCCAUCAAGCAUUCGAAGCGGAAAUCGCAGCCAACAAGGAACGUCUAUUUGCGGUACAGAACGCGGCUGAGGAACUUAUGAAACAAAAGCCAGAAUUCGUAGAAGUUAUUUCUCCUAAGAUGCAUGAACUUCAAGAUCAAUUUGAAAACCUCCAAACAACGACUAAAGAAAAGGGUGAGCGUCUAUUUGACGCAAACCGUGAGGUUCUCCUUCACCAGACUUGUGACGACAUUGAUUCAUGGAUGAAUGAGCUCGAGAAACAAAUCGAAAACACAGACACUGGCACUGAUCUGGCAUCUGUCAAUAUUCUUAUGCAGAAGCAACAGAUGAUCGAGACUCAGAUGGCGGUAAAGGCUAAGCAGGUUACCGAACUCGAAACUCAAGCGGAAUACCUGCAAAAAACCGUUCCUGAUAAGAUGGAGGAGAUUAAGGAAAAGAAAAAGUCUGUGGAGCAACGUUUCGAGCAGCUCAAAGCACCCCUAUUGGAUCGCCAACGACACCUUGCGAAGAAGAAGGAGGCAUUCCAAUUCCGCCGAGAUGUAGAGGAUGAGAAGCUAUGGAUACACGAAAAAAUGCCUCUGGCAACCAGCACCGAUUACGGAAAUUCAUUAUUUAAUGUCCAGAUGCUUCAAAAGAAGAACCAAUCAUUAAAGACGGAGACCGAUAACCACGAGCCAAGAAUAUUGACAGUUAUUUCCAACGGGCAGAAGUUGAUUGACGAGGGACACGAGGAUGCGCCCGAAUUCAAAAACCUUAUUGAAGAACUCACUGCGAGGUGGCGAGAACUUAAGGAUGCCAUCGAUCAACGUAAGGACAACCUGGCCCAAUGGGAGAAGGCUCAGCAAUAUCUAUUCGAUGCGAAUGAAGCUGAAGCGUGGAUGAGUGAACAAGAACUUUAUAUGAUGGUGGAGGAUCGUGGCAAGGAUGAGAUCUCCGCACAGAACUUGAUGAAGAAACACGAGAUUCUGGAGCAGGCAGUAGAUGAUUACGCACAGACUAUCAGGCAGUUAGGAGAGACUGUUCGUCAACUGACCAGUGAAGAACAUCCUUUGAGUGAGCAGAUUUCCGUUAAGCAAUCACAAGUGGACAAAUUGUACGCCGGUCUGAAGGACUUGGCUGGAGAAAGACGUGCCAAGCUGGACGAGGCUCUGCGCCUAUUCCAACUGUCGCGUGAGGUGGACGACCUGGAGCAAUGGAUCACCGAGCGGGAACUCGUCGCCAGUUCGCAAGAGUUGGGGCAGGACUACGACCAUGUCACGCUUCUAUGGGAGAGAUUCAAGGAGUUCGCUCGCGAGACUCAGUCGGUGGGAUCGGAGCGCGUGGCCACCGCGGAGCGCAUCGCCGACCAGAUGAUCGCCAUGGGACACUCCGACAACGCGACCAUCGCGCAGUGGAAGGAGGGCCUGCGCGAGACCUGGCAGGACCUGCUCGAGCUCAUUGACACCAGGACGCAGAUGCUGGCGGCAUCUCGUGAGCUGCACAAGUACUUCCACGACUGCAAGGACACACUUCAGCGCGUGAACGAGAAGGCUCGCGGCGUGAGCGAGGAGCUCGGCCGCGACGCCAUCAGCGUCGGAGCGCUGCAGCGCAAGCACCACAACUUCAUGCAGGACCUCAGCACGCUCCAGCAGCAGGUGGAGGCGAUCAGCAGCGAGUGCGGGCGGCUGGGCGCGUCGUACGCGGGCGACAAGGCGGCGGAGAUCACGCGGCGCGAGGGCGAGGUGUCGGAGGCGUGGCGCGCGCUGCAGGCCGUGUGCGCCGCGCGCCGCGACAAGCUGGAGGACGCCGACCAGCUGUACCGCUUCCUGAGCCAGGUGCGCGACCUCACGCUGUGGAUGGACGACGUCGUGCGCUCCAUGAACACCGGCGAGAAGCCGCGCGACGUGAGCGGCGUCGAGCUCCUGAUGAACAACCACCAGUCGCUGAAGGCGGAGAUCGAAACGCGCGAGGACAAGUUCACUGCGUGCAUCGGGCUGGGUCGCGAGCUGCUCGCGCGGCAGCACUACGCGUCGCCCGACAUCCGCGACAAGCUGCUGCAGCUCACCAACCAGCGCAACGCUCUGCUGCGCCGCUGGGAGGAGCGCUGGGAGAACUUGCAGCUCAUCCUGGAGGUCUACCAGUUCGCCCGCGAUGCGGCUGUGGCGGAGGCUUGGCUCAUAGCGCAGGAGCCCUACCUCAUGUCGCAGGAGCUCGGACACACAAUCGACGAGGUGGAGAGCCUCAUCAAGAAACACGAGGCCUUUGAGAAGUCGGCCGCCGCGCAGGAGGACCGCUUCAGCGCGCUGCAGAGGCUCACCACGCUUGAACUGAAUGCAGCAACACUAUGGCCUACCGCACAACCUUGGGAUAAAUGUGACGAAUCAUCCUUUGUUUUCCAAUUCCCACCUCCCAGGCGAGAAAAGCCAUCACUUAAAAUCGCAACUAAAACUACUCGACCAGUUGGAGAAGUGGUAUACGACAUCAUAACCACAAACGACAGAUUCAAAUUACCCGAAAAGUUCAACAAAAGGAGCUUAAACAUAAAUUACUCCCAAAAACCGGCGACUAAAAACGAUUCUUACCUUUGGUCGGUCGUAACGAACAAUAUGAGCUUAUCUACGAUUUCCGAAACGAGUAGUCCUCCAAUGUCUCCUCAUAGAGGGCCUUUAUCACCCGAAAUAUAUAGUUCCAUUUUCUUUGAAUAUACCUCAGAAAACGAUAGGUCCAAUGAGAAAUUGUCGUCAAUAGACUUUAUGUUAUGGGAAAGAUUGUCCUAUCAGCACGUCUAUCCAAACGUAUCUUUGCUGAGACCAGCAAGAAGCCAAAGUGAGUCUUCCUCCAAAUCCGGUAGCAUAAAAGGUUUAAUGAAAAGAUUGUCGUGGAGAAAAAAGUCCAUAGACAGCGACCAGAAAGGUGACGUAGCCGUGUUAUCUCUACCUGGACUAACGAGCAGUAUGAGAGCCGUCAAUGACUUAGGCAAAGAAGUAAAAAUUAUUCCCCUCUCCUCUUCCCUCUUAUUGUUGUCCCAAACACGCAGUUUAUUGUUUCCGGAGGGUGCAUGGUACUAUAACUACUUGGAUAGUUUCGAAGUGAAGGAGAUGAAGCGGCGCCAGGAGGCGGCCGAGGCGGCGGAGCGCGAGAGGCAGGAGCGCGAGGCGGCCGAGGCGGCGGCAGCGGCGGCGGCGCAGGACGCCGUCGACCGCGCGGCCUCGCCCGAGCCGCAGCCGCCAGUCGUAAGGAGAACAUCCACUAAAGCGGCUGAGAAGGCCCAAGAGCGACCGCAUUCCCAGCCAGCGGCCGGAUCGAGCUCGACUCCCGUAACGCCGUCCACCUCUGGUAAGGUGAAGUCGCGGUCUCGAAGCAAGUCGCCCUUCCGCAGUUUCCGCUGGCGCACCGCAAAGAAGCUGCUCACCGGCGCGCACCACAGCGAUGAUGAAGAGGGCGCGAGUCCCGCCGGGGAAGAUGAAGGUGUGGAGGGCACGUUAGUUCGUAAACACGAAUGGGAGUCUGCAGCUAAACGAGCUUCCAACAGAUCAUGGGACAAAGUAUACGUAGUUGCGAAGGAUGGACGCAUGUCGUUCUACAAAGACCAGAAGGCGUAUAAGUCGGCGCCCGAGCAGUACUGGCGCGGGGAGACCCCGCUCGAUCUGAACGGAGCCGUCGUCGAAGUCGCCGCCAACUACACCAAGAAGAAGCACGUCUUCCGUCUCAGGCUGAGCAACGGCGCGGAGUUCCUGCUGCAGGCGCACGACGAGGCGGAGAUGGGCCAGUGGCUGGAGGCGCUGCGCGCGCGCGCCGCCGCGCCCGCGCCGCGCUCGCACACGCUGCCCGCGCACCACGCCGCCGAGCCCAAGCGCCGCUCCUUCUUCACGCUCAAGAAGAAUUAAGCGGCGAGGGACCCUCGGACAGCCGCUCGUAACGCCCGCAUCACGUUUCUCAUUACGCACGCCGCGUCCCCGGCCCCCGAGCCCGGCCGUGCCCGGCCCGCGUCCGGUCGCGCUCCGGCACGCCGCGGGGCCGGACCGGACGCCGCAUAUUUCUCACGACGCUUGCUACCGUAAGCUUUGCUAAUGAUGAAAUUGUGUCGAGCGGCCGCACUGACGACUGUCAACUGUUUGUUAUUAUUUUGUUGCGUACAAAAAAAACGUUAUUUAAGACUGUUCGAUAUUUGAGUGUUUGAAUUGUUCGCCUUCGUCUGAUAUUGUAUUUAUUGGUCGGCCGCAGCCGAGCCGAGCCGAGCGAGUAAAGAUAUAUUUUUAUCCGAGUAUGAUACGAUCCCACCCCGACGUGUAAUUGUUGUAUCUUGUAACGAUUAUAAAUUUAAUACAUUUUAUUAAAUUCUAAAUGCGACGCUAUUUAUGAAUAGAUGACUUUUAGUGUUUAACUCAGAUGGAAAAAAAUAUAUAUUAUUUAUUUAUAUACGUAUAUCAUAUAUGUAAUUGAUAAAUUAUAGUGUAAAUUCAUUUGAACUAGAAAUGUAUGACGUUCGUUUGAACCGAAAAUUAAACUAUCUUAGAUGUUUUAUUAGACUACUGACGACGACCAAGCAAAGAUCAAAAGGAAUUCUAAUCGCAUUUGAUAAUAGACGAGAUAUGUAUAUGAUUGUAACCGCAUUUACAACACAUAGUUAAUUUACCCAGUUGAUGUCGUUUUAUUCAUUGACUUCGCUACACCGGAGCGAAGAUACAAACCGACCUCCCGUGUAACGAGAGCUACGUAACUCAAUUAGAAUUAAUUUUCAUUGUGAAGUGUCUUCGAACUUCGACGUCGCUGUCGGCUGACAAGUGCCGCUUUUAAAAAAAUAAAUUUAUAUCAAAUAUUUCUUAAUAGAUCCUUGGUAAUGUUAAGAGGUGCGUAGUCUAGGUGGUAGCGGGUACAGAGAGUACCGCGGCAGCGAUAUUGAAGUGUGUCUUUAUGAUAAAUCGAGUUGUAAGUAUGCUUUAUGCCUCAUAUCGUGCUUUUAAGAGAUAAUGUCUUUAUAUUAUUACAUAUUAAUUUAAUGAUUAUUUUACUGCCAACAUUUCACAAAUUUGUUAUUUAACUUAUAACGUACGUUUGAAUUUCACCCUUAUUAGAUGUUACGAUCACACAUUUUUAGUUCUGUUUUUGUCUUAUGAUUAUUGUAUAGAUUGCGCGUGUGUCGGUGUGAGUGUCGAAUAUGUAAUUCUGCGCCUGCGCCUCUUAUCACACUACCGCAUGUAUAACUAUGUUUAAAUAUUUUAUUUCAAAAUUUUACUUUUUUGAGGAAAAUAUAAUAAAUGAUGUUUUCAAAUAAUUAUGUUUUUCAAUUACCUUUACCUUAAUACCUAAUAACGAUAUUAAAACUUAAUAUCCGGGCACUUGAAAUAUUUAGAGAAUCAGAUACGAGAGAUAUUCCUUCUCGCGAUAAAAGAUAAAUUCGUCACGUAUCAAG